GGAGCCUUUCGGGGCCGGGAGCCAUGAAACGCGUCCUGAGCCCGCGUCCCCGAGGGCGGGAGAGUAGGCAAAGCGCGAGGCGCGGGUCGGUGAGGACGUCAGAGGGUCUCCCACCGUUGGGGCAGACCUGGCACUCCGGAUGGCUUCUUGGAGGAGGCGGCCUCGAACCUGGCCUUGGAAAAAGGGACUCUUCAGACUUGUCAAAGAGGCGCCUGGGGGGAGAGCCUCGGGGUGUCCCGGAGGAGGGCCCCCAGGAUGGCUGCUCCUGACAGGCGUGGAAACCCAGGCAAGGUUUGGUGGCCAGAGCAGCCUUAUUUUCCGAGCCCCCCAGGGGAGGGCGUGUAUUUAGAGGGAUUGAUUGGCAGGAGGGCGUGGGAAGCCGCCUGGGAGACUGCACCCCGACUCUGCGAAGGUGGGUCUUCUCGCGUCAGCACCCAAGGGAGUCAGGGUUAAGUCAGGUGGGAACUUCGGGAGCAGGGAUCGCUGGGCGGUCACUGCGGAGGGGCUGGAGUUCACAUCACUGCUCAUUCUUCAUCAGUCCAAAAAUUAACCCGCCUCCCAUCCCUCGUCUGGACUCUGCGGUUGACCAGACUCCAGGUGAGGGAAGGUUUGGGAGUUUGGACCUGUAGGGAGGAGUAGGACUGUCGACCUUCCUAGGUGGCCACAGGUCAGGAGAGGGGGGGGGGCGUGCAGGCAGCUACAGUGUUGAUGCUUGAAGUAGGGAUUGGACAGCAUAGGCUGCCACAAGAGGAGGACCUGGCUUUGGGGCAGAGAGAAUUGAACCCCAACCCGGAGCAUAGACCUCCAAGGAGUCUGACUGGGGAGGUGAACAGUGGAGGAGUUCAGGUUUGCAAAAUUAUUAACCUCAGCGGAGCCUGACACCCCUUCCUCUGGGGCCCUGCUGGGAGCUCUGAGUCUCUGACCUGGUCAGAUCAAAGGGCCCAAGUGCAAGUCUACUGAAGACCUGUGUGUCCUGGGUUCUGCACACAGAUUACUUCCAACAUAAGUGCUUGGCCAAGUCGAGGUCCAAUGGUGCACCACGUCAGACCCAGAGCAGCAGAAGUGCAGCGACAUGAGCAAGGCCUUCCAGGAAGCAGGCAUCCAGCCCUCCCUCCUCUGCAUCCAGGGCAUCUCUGCUGACCACUGUGUCCAGCUCAUCACGGCCCAGGAGGCUGACGCCAUCACUCUGGAUGGAGGAGCCAUCUAUGAAGCGGGGAAGGAGUACGGCCUGAAGCCUGUGGUCGGCGAAGUGUAUGAUCAAGAGGUUGGGACCUCCUAUUAUGCUGUGGCUGUAGUCAGGAGGAACUUCAAUGUGACCAUAAACACCCUGAAAGGAGUGAAGUCCUGCCACACGGGCAUCAACCGGACAGUGGGCUGGAAUGUGCCUGUGGGCUACCUGGUGGAGAGCGGCCGCCUCUCAGUGAUGGGCUGCGACGUGCUCAAAGCCGUCAGUGACUAUUUUGGGGGCAGCUGCGUCCCAGGAGCAGGAGAAACCAGAUAUUCGGAAUCUCUCUGUCGCCUCUGCCGGGGUGACACCUCUGGGGAGGGUGUGUGUGACAAGAGCCCCCUGGAGAGAUACUAUGACUACAGCGGAGCCUUCCGGUGUGUGGCAGAAAAGGCAGGGGACGUGGCCUUCGUGAAGCACAGCACUGUGCUGGAGAACACCGAUGGGAAAACUCUGCCCUCCUGGGGCCAGACGAUGCUGUCGAAGGACUUUGAGCUGCUAUGCAGAGACGGCAGCCGAGCCGAUGUCACUGAAUGGAGGCGAUGCCACCUGGCUCGGGUGCCUGCACACGCUGUGGUUGUCCGGGCUGACAUGGACGGGGGCCUCAUCUUCAGGUUGCUCAAUGAAGGCCAGCGUCUGUUCAGCCAUGAGGGCAGCAGCUUCCAGAUGUUCAGCUCUGAGGCCUAUGGUCAGAAGAACCUGCUGUUCAAGGACUCUACCACGGAGCUCGUGCCCAUCGCCACGCAGACCUAUGAGGCAUGGCUGGGCCGCGAGUACCUGCAUGCCAUGAAGGGUCUGCUCUGUGAUCCCAACCGGAUGCCCCACUACCUGCGCUGGUGCGUGCUCUCCACACCCGAGAUCCAGAAGUGCGGUGACAUGGCGGUGGCCUUCAGCCGGCAGAGGCUCAAGCCUGAGAUCCAGUGUGUGUCGGCCCAGUCCCCCCAGCACUGCAUGGAGCAGAUCCAGGCUGGAAACAUUGAUGCUGUGACCUUGAGGGGCGAGGACAUUUACACAUCAGGGAAGGUGUAUGGCCUGGUCCCGGCGGCUGGGGAACUCUACUCUGAGGCAGACAGGAGCAGUUCAUACUUCGUGGUGGCUGUGGUGAGGCGGGACAGCUCCUACGCCUUCACCUUGGACGAGCUGCGUGGCAAGCGCUCCUGCCACUCAGGCUUCGGCAGCCCAGCAGGCUGGGACGUGCCAGUGGGCGCCCUCAUCCAGAGAGGCUUCAUCAGGCCCCAGCACUGUGACAUCCUUACAGCGGUGAGUGAGUUCUUCAAUGCCAGCUGCGUGCCUGUGAACAACCCCAAGAACUAUCCUUCCUCUCUGUGUGCCCUCUGUGUGGGGGACGAGCAGGGCCGCAACAAGUGUGUGGGCAACAGCCAGGAGCGGUACUACGGCGACAGUGGCGCCUUCAGAUGCCUGGUGGAGAAUGCAGGGGACGUUGCCUUCGUUAAGCACACGACUGUCUUUGACAACACAAACGGCCAUAAUUCCGAGCCCUGGGCCGCUGCACUGAAGUGGCAGGAGUAUGAGCUGCUGUGCCCCAACGGGGCCCGGGCUGAGGCCAACCAGUAUGAAGCCUGCAACUUGGCGCAGAUACCAUCCCAUGCUGUCAUGGUGCGGCCAGACACCAACAUCUUCACUGUGUACGGACUGCUGGACAAGGCCCAGGACCUAUUUGGAGACGACCACAACACAAACGGGUUCAAAAUGUUUGACUCCUCCAAAUACCAUGGCCAAGACCUGCUUUUCAAGGAUGCUACAAUCCGGGCAGUGCCUGUAGGGGAAAAAACCUCAUACCUUGACUGGCUGGGGGCUGACUACGUGGCAGCUCUGGAAGGGAUGCUGUCUCAGCAGUGCUCUGGCACAGCGGCUGCCCAGCCCCCAGGUCCCCAGCUGCCACUGCUGCUGCCGCUCUUUACUGGCCUCCUCCUGCACGCCCUCUGAGCGCCACUCCGGCCAGCUGGCCUCGCGACUUGCUAGGAACCGCAGCCGAGGCCAGUCUGUGCAGGGCCUUGGCUGACACUGUCCUGAGAAGCGUCGCGUGCUGGAGAGGAACGGGAGGAACCACGCACAGAGCUCCCCAGAACUCCUGCUCUGACCCAACGAGAAGUUUCUGGAAUGGAGAUGAAGGCUAAGGCAAAGCCCCCUCCCUCCCGCGGAGCCACCCGCCCCCAGCCGCCUGGCCCUGGCCACCUGAGGCGGCUGGCCCGAUGCCCAGUCACGCCGCCCAAGCUGGCAGCGCCUCCCUGCCAACCUGCAGCCUCCCACCUGGAGCCGGUGGCUGGCUGCGGGAGAAGGCCGGUCGCCAAGGAAACCGCUGAGCCCGGCUUCCCACGCGGCCCUCUGCUAUGCGGCGGCCUGGGGACCUGAGAGCGCCUGCUGGGCCAGCUGCCCAGAGGACGCUGCGCCUCCGCCCCUGCUCCCGCGGGCACCACCUCCUUCCCACACUUCUGAACGAGCCGCUGGUCGCCUCAGCCUUUUGCCCUUGUCUUCUGAGGCUCCAGUGGGCGUGUGGGCAGCUGAUUCUGCACGGCCCUGGAGGGAGAGCAGAGCUGGACUGUAGGGGUGACACCCUCAAGGGACCCUCAGAAGAAGGAAAUGCUUCUCAGUAAGGGAUUAGUUGGUGGGGGGGCUUGAUGCAGGUUUGGGGGCUGUAAUCCUGCCUAAAAACACAUCUGUUGGUGAAUCCAGUUCCAUCCCAGGGCAAAGCCCAUCAGAGGGAAUCCACUCCUGAGUUUCCUCUUCUGGGCUCAGUCUCAGAUUAUCUUCUCUCCCUGCCCCACUGUGGUUCCCCUAACCCCUCAGCCUAUUUCUGGACACCUGCCACUGCUGUUUACUACAAAAUGAAGGAGCAGGAUGUGGUCCAGGUAGCCCACAGGGGGAGAGCCUCUGAAGAACAGGAUGAGGACCUGCCAUUCUCUCACCCUAGUAAGCUCCAUCUUCUCCCUUAACUUUGUACCUAUGGGGUCCAGGGCCCAUCCGCUCCAAAGAAAGGGUUCUCAAUUUCUGACCCCUGUGAGAGUAAGCAGAAAGAGUGUGGAGAGAGUCCUGUCUCCACUCCACUUUGCCAUGGUUCUCUGAGGAGCCAGAAAAAGUUUUCCAGAACUCCAAGCUUACUCUGAAUUUUGCUCCCUGAAAAAAAGAAAAAAAAAAAAAAAAAGAAGAAGAAGAAGAAGAAAGGAAGAAGAAACUAGAGCAAACAGCUCUCGUCAGCAGACUGAGAGCCGCGUGGGCCUGGAGCUAUUUGUAUCCUGGUCUGCGGGGGCCUUGGGGAUGCUGAUGACAGGCCAGGUUCCUGGUGGUUCGCCCCCACCUGUGGGCACUGGGCUUAUCCCUUACAUGUCUCAGCAGUGAAGAAGGCUCUGGCAGCAUCCUGGUUAUAGCCACACCAUCCUGAGGAGUCCUGGCCACCAUGCUAGUCCAGCCCUUGUCCGCUGCAAGAGGCCAGAAGGAGCUAGGCCUCCUACCUUGGUAACCCUUCACUGGAGAGAGAGUGUGAUUCUUCUUAGACCCCAUGAUUGUUUGAUUUUUUUUUUUUUUAAGGGAACUUUGUGCAGUGAGAAGUCUAUGUCUCUGUGGCUACUCUGGACUAGCGUGCCACCCAAUGUGGUGCCAUAUACUGUGUGCUAUGGAAGGUGUGAUUUGCAUGAGUGCUGUGUAAGUGACGAUCUGAUUGCCAGGUGAUAGUAAGGGCUGUGUUACUGCUCAUGAAAGAUGUUGGUUUGUUUUUUAAAUAAAAUCAAACAACCCUGCACACGCAGAGGCUUGGAUUCUGAUAGAAA